CACAAAUCUGACAGAGAUUCCGUUCGAUUCAAUGGCGCUCUGGAGAUCCUUGCUGUAGUCAUCCAGUGUCUGAUGUCGGGACGGAUCCAAAGGGGAAUAUUCGGAAUGGAUGCCAUGGACAAAAACUGUGUCAACCGGAAGUAUUUGAGCAUGUUCGGUGAUUUUCCAUCGAGUGAACAGAUGUGACAUUAUCUGCUGAUAGUAAAAGGAGUCUAUAAUGCGAAUGGCUGAUGAUACGAUUAUUGAGGCAGUUCUGGACGGUGAUCAUCCCGAUGGUUCUCGGGCAGCUAAAGACGCCAGACAAAAUGCCACUCAUGUACUAACCGAGGAAAUCUGGAGGAUAAUUCAUAUCAUUAAUCCUGUUGUAUGGGGACUGUUGUGUAUGGCCCUAUUUCGAGGCGUUCUCAUGACCCUGGUCGUGGUGUUGUCAGAAGAAUUCAAAUUUCGUGACUUGCCCUAUGCUCCUCGCCUAACGUCGCAAGUGGUCGCGGUCGUAGGAUUUGGCGGACUCUGCUUUAUCUUCGCAGACAGCCAUCUUCUCGCCGUCAUACGCACUCGGCGGUUGCACAUACAGGUUCGCACAUUCCGCCGGAGGCCGGACGCGCCCGUAGAAGAUGAACAGAUGAUAAAGAGCGCAACAGAAUGGUUGUGGACCAGCCAUCAGUUGAACACCGUUAUUAACAUCGGUCGCCCUACGACGGGUGCUCACGCACUGCAAAUAACGAUCUUCACCAUCAUGCACCAUACGUCGACGCGAUACUAUCUGCCACAGAGCCGCAUUCUGUUCCCGGUGCUGAUUUUUGAAAGCUUCGUGUAUCUUGUGGGAAGUUAUUGUCAAUCCCACCUAAUCGAUCUGCAGUCGGCAAUUCUCCACGCAUGGUACCGCCAUGAUGUCGGUAAUUAUGAAGCUGACGAUCUACCAAAACCGAAACGCCUACUGGAUCUUCUAAUAGCAUCAGCCAGACAAUACGGCGAAGUCACCCUAUAUUAGCCGUUAUUGAUGUACUGUACUACUCAAGCGAAUGAAUCGUGAUUAAGCGGCUUACCAUGUUCGGAUCGUCUGUUUUGAGUAGCUUACCGUGAGCGUCGUAUGCCUACGCAGAUUUAUCGGAAGCUGAUAAUUCUGUUUCUAAACCGGACCUUAGUUUUUGGUUCUUCCUGUUUUAUACG